CGCCAGUCGCUCCCCGCUCCUCUCGGGGGGCCAGCUCGCCCUGCACCCUGGAGCACCGAUCUGCGAACCUCUGCCAGCUCCGUGGCUCCUCGCCGUGGGCAGCGGCUGCCGAGCCUGUGCGCCCGAGGGAGACGCUCACAUGGUCUAGCCACGGAGAGGCUGCAGCAACACAGAGCUCCCCAGAGAAGUGAGACGUGCUGUGUCCCUGGUCUGGCCAGCCAGGAGUACAGAGUGUGCUGGGUACAGGAGAAGGGCGCCCCACAAAUCAUUAAAAAGGAAAAUGACCGUCAGCUCUGCAUUUACCCGGGGACUCUGGCUGCGUGGCACACCCCACAGGUAAAAGGGGUGCCCCCAGACCAUGGCAGAGGAGGACCUCAUUUUCUGCCUGGAAGGUGUGGAUGGCGGCCGGACCUCCCGGAAUGGCCAUGACCGUGACUCCGAUGCAGACAGCGACGAUGACGAGGGUUACUUCAUCUGCCCCAUCACCGAGGAGCCCUCGUCACACCAGAAUGUCAAUUGCAAGGUCAGCAACUACUACGGGGACCUAAGGAAGAAUGAGCAAUAUGGCUCCAGCGGCUCCCCGGCGGGCUCCUUCCACUUCAAGGAAGCCUGGAAGCAGGCCAUCGAGAAGGCCAAGCACAUGCCUGACCCCUGGGCCGAGUUCCACCUCGAGGACGUUGCCACGGAGCGUGCCACGCGUCACAGGUACAGUGCAGUCACCAGGGAGUGGCUAGAAGAUGAGGUUCUGAUCAAGAUGGCGUCUCAGCCCUUCGGCCGAGGAGCCAUGAGGGAGUGCUUCAGGACGAAGAAGCUCUCCAACUUCCUGCACGCCCAGCAGUGGAAAGGAGCUUCCAACUACGUGGCGAAGCGCUAUAUCGAGUCCGUGGACAGAGACGUGUACUUUGAGGACGUGCGUCUGCAGAUGGAGGCCAAGCUCUGGGGCGAAGAAUACAGUCGGCACAAGCCCCCCAAGCAGGUGGACAUCAUGCAGAUGUGUGUGGUGGAGCUGAAGGAGCGGCCGGGCAAGCCCCUCUUCCACCUUGAGCACUACAUCGAGGGCAAGUACAUCAAGUACAACUCCAACUCGGGCUUUGUCCGAGAUGACGACAUGCGACUGACGCCACAGGCCUUCAGCCACUUUACCUUUGAGCGCUCCGGCCAUCAGCUGAUCGUGGUGGACAUCCAGGGCGUGGGGGACCUCUACACCGACCCGCAGAUCCACACUGAGACGGGCACUGACUUCGGAGAUGGCAACCUAGGUGUCCGGGGGAUGGCGCUCUUCUUCCACUCCCACGCCUGCAACCGCAUCUGCAAGAGCAUGGGCCUGGCGCCCUUCGACCUCUCCCCGAGAGAGAGGGAUGCAGUGAGUCAGAGCACCAAGCUGCUGCAAUCAGCCAAGACCAUAUUGAGGGGAACAGAGGAAAAGUGUGGGAGCCCCCGGGUCAGGACCCUUUCUGGGAGCCGCCCUCCUCUACUCCGCCGCCUUUCUGAGAACUCUGGAGAUGAGAACAUGAGCGACGUGACCUUUGACUCACUUCCUUCUUCCCCAUCUUCAGCCACACCACACAGCCACAAGCUGGACCAUCUCUAUUGGCCUGCGUUCGGCAACCUGGACAACACAGCACCCCGAGACCACAACCAUCUGGACAACCACCGGGACUCUGAGAACAGUGGGGACAGCGGAUACCCCAGUGAGAAGAGGGGGGAACUGGAUGACCCAGACUCCCGAGAACAGGCCCACGCAAAUGGUCAUCGGCGGUACGAGUCGGAUGAGGACAGCCUGGGCAGCUCUGGACAGAAGGGUGUGGAGAAGUGGGGUCUCCUCAGCUCCCGCUGGCACCUGCCAAGGCCGUCAGCCGUGGCCCUGGAAGUGCAGAGGCUCAACACUCUGGGCCUUGAAAAGAAGAUCGGAAAGUCCAUUCUGGGGAAGGUCCAUCUGGCCAUGGUGCGCUACCAUGAGGGCGGGCGCUUCUGUCAGAAGGACGAGGAGUGGGACCGCGAGGCGGCCGUCUUCCACCUGGAGCAGGCCGCCGACCUGGGCGAGCUGGAGGCCAUCGUGGGCCUGGGCCUCAUGUGCUUGCAGCUGCCGCACCACCUCCUGCCCGACGUGUCUCUGGAGGAGACAGAAGAGAAUAAAACCAGAGGGUUCAAUUAUUUACUGAAAGCAGCUGAGGCUGGUGACAGACAGUCCAUGAUCCUGGUGGCACGAGCUUUCGACACGGGCCUGAACCUCAGCCCAGGCAGGUCCCAAGACUGGCAGGAGGCCCUGCACUGGUACAGCACCGCCCUGGAGACCACAGACUGUGACGAAGGUGGAGAGUACGACGGGGUGCUGCAUGAGCCCCGGUUCACACUGCUGGCCCGGGAGGCCGAGAUGCUGUUCACAGGUGGCUGCGGACUCGAGAAGCACCCCCAGAGAUCAGGUGACUUGUACACCCAGGCGGCUGAGGCGGCGAUGGAAGCCAUGAAGGGCCGACUGGCCAGCCAGUACUACCAGAAGGCAGAGGAGGCCUGGGCCCAGAUGGAAGAGUAGCUUGCCGAAAC